AUGGGAUACUCCGAGAUCGAAUGCUACUUGUGCGGUGUAUCGUUUAAGAUUGGACGCCUGCGAACAAUGGAAGAAGUCCAAACACCACUUGACCUACCACCCAGUAUGCUGGUCAACAUGGACAUCUAUAUCAAAAAUGCUAGUUGGAGUAUUAUUCAACGCUGCGAAGAUGUGGAAGGUUGCAGGUCCCGGAAGUACACACUGCCAGGCGGGACCGGGGAGAUGGACGAACACAUAGCCGGCCCUGCUUGCGGGCAUACAGGGGGAUACCACGGCCGCUUCAUUUCUGUGCAAGAAAUGCAUGGUUGCUGCACCGCCCAAGCCCUCGUUCCCAAGCCCGAUGACUGGGAGCCCGAAGAGGACGACGACGACGACAUUGAACAGGACGGGUUUUUCCUCACCGGUCUUUGUGACGACAUUCCCUCACCGGACUUGGAUGAUAUGGAUACGUUCCCCGAGCGCCAUGAUUGCCAUGAACCACAGGUCUGCAACUUCUACCAUGACGAUCAGAUGGAACGAGCAGCCAUGGCCUUCCAUCCCGCGUGUCUCGAGGUGUUCAAGCGGGCUUCGUUGCGCAGAUUUGGCAGUAUCGACGUGCAGGGGCUAAUGGAAUGGUUCCGCCUGGAUGCAGCUUGGAGCACGCAUAACCCCGUGUCACACUCAGCUGCCGUUAACAGAGGGCGAGACCAAUGGUUCCGUCACGUUGUAGGUGAUGAGUUCCUUGCUGCCAACCCUUGUUUUGUGCCUCGGCUGCAGCAUAUUCUACGGGCUCACACAGGGCAAGCCGAGGACACAGACAUCGGCCAAGACGCCAGCCAAGACGACGCAUCACCACCACCUUCUAGUCCAAACCAAGACCCGUUCACCACCUUGCCGUACGAGCUGCUCACACAGAUCCUGUUCGAAUUGGAACCAUCAGAGGCGGUCAAUCUACUCGAGGCAUCUAGCGUGCUUCGCGCCUUCCCGCAAACCUUCUUCCGCGAGCUUCUUUUGCGUCAGAAGCCGUGGAUUUGGGAGGCUUGGUGCGACCUACCAUACUCUUACUGGACGACGACUACAGAAACCGCUCUUCGGAGGCAAGAUGAAAAGUGGCAGAAAGCGGCACAGGACUUUGAAAAGACUUUCAAAGACGGCUUUGCCGAGUUGUACAAUCUACCAGACGAGUACCUCGAGUCAACUCGUACUCUAGAACACCAACUCAAGGAGAAGUAUGGAGAGCUUUGUAGAAAAUUAUUUGAGCGAGAAAAAUAUGUAGAGGUUCCCGUUCUGUCACCCACGCAGACGGACUGGUACGGCAUUUACGUCGAAACAGAGAAGCAGCACCAAAAGAUGCUGGGAAUAAGAAAUCGCGAAAGAAUUUGGAAGGAUUGUGAAGAGAUUCUGGAUCGGAUUGAAAAGUAUCGCAAAGAUGGAAAGAUUCGCAGCUUUGAUGAAAUAAUGGAAGAAAGGAUGGCCAGACUGGCCAGACUGGAAACAAGUGACGAUAGUGACGACGACGACGACGACAAUGGUGAUGAGAGCGGCGAGAAUGGAGAGAGUGACGAAAACGACGAUAGUAACGGCAGCGGUUCGGGAGAAGAGUAA